CAUUGCGUUGCUGAUACACUAGUGCUUAUAACAAUUCACUUCACGUCUAUUUGCACCUCCGCUGUUUUCCCCGUGCUGCUUCCACACCACGCUUGCAGUGAUCCAUAUCUGGUAUCUGUAUCGCAAAGAAGAGCAUUGCAAGUUUGCAAAGGAUGACAGGGACGGCGUUUGAUUGCAGGACCUAUGAUCUAAACGCAUAUGCGACCGAAAUACUAAAGAAUCGAGUCGAGCGCUUCAGUACGGUGUACUCAUGCUGCUUUGUGACGUCAGCGGAGACGUUGAGCGCGUGCGGGGGCACACAUGCCGACGGCGAUGGGCGUCCACCUCCCGACAUGCUCCUCGCUGCCAGCAGCACGGGAGAGAUAAAGCUGUACCUGCUCCCUGACCUGGUGCAGCGCUGGACGGCGGGGCAGCAGUCGGGGCAGGCGGUGUGCAGCUGGCGGGCGCACCGGGGGGCGGUGUACUGCAUGGCGCGGGCGCGUGCAGGAUCCGACGUGCUCUUGUUCAGCGGCGGGGAUGACGGCUACGUGCGCGGCUGGCGGCUGUCGGAUGUGAUGCGGCACCUGCAACAGCAACAGCAGCAACAGCAGCCUCCCUUACCACCGCAUCACAACCAGCAGCAGCAACCUUCUAAGCAGCAGCCUCUGCAGCCUCAGCAGCAGCAGGAUGAGGCCAUGUUGGAGCCGGGCGCUGCGGCGCUCCGGCCGUGCCUAGCGGUGCGGCUGCCCCGCGCGGAGAGCCCACUGGCCGCCAUAUCGCUGCCGCCGGCGGUGCAGGCGCUGGCAGUGGCGGGGGAGGCAGGGGGAGGCGGCUCAGGGGAGCUGACGC